CACUCAGUCACUUCUCAUUUGCACCCGCCACCGAAGCCAAGCGAAGCAACCUCAUUAACCAAAGGCGGUAGAGCCAAGCUGCAGCGGCGACGCCGGCGAGGGCCGAUGGCGUUCAUGAGGUACCGCGCGCUGCCGCAGGGAGAGGUGACGGUGGAUGAGUUCCGCGCGUGGCUGUCGCAGUUCGACGCCGACCGCGACGGGCGGAUCAGCCAAGGGGAGCUGCAGAGCGCGCUGCGGAGCCUGCACCUGUGGUUCGCGUGGUGGAAGGCGCGGGAAGGGGUGCGCGCGGCCGACGUCAACCGCGACGGCGCCGUGGACGGGGACGAGGAGGUCGCGCGGCUCUUCGCCUUCGCGCAGAGGCACAUCCACGUCAAGAUCACCCAGCUGGGGUCCUACUACUGAUCAGCUCCGAUCCGCGGAUGUGAACCUGUGCUGUAGCCUGUAGUCUGUAUUUGUAAGUGGAUGUUUGUUGUUACUUGUAAAUUGGUGUCAUGGUGAGCGGAUGCUUGUGUUUUUGCGAUAUAUUGUGGCAACUUUGCGGACGGUUCAGAAGAAUACUGUUAGGUACGCAGCAGAUGUAGUGGAGGAAGGAAUCGGAGAAGAGAGAACUGGGCAGGAAUUGGAUUGGGAUUAGCUCAAGAGGUCCAAAGCUUAGAUGUUCCAAGUUCAUGCCGUUCAGCAUGUUUCUUCUUGUCUCUAGUCAGAUUUUUUUUGCCUAUUUAAACCAUCUCCAGCAGCUACCUCAAAUUUUCAUCCUCAAAAAUACUAUUACAGUAUCCUCUAUCACUAUUACAGCAUCCCUUAUUUUUUCAUGUCCAGCAGCUACCCCAUUUCCUACCUUCUACU